AUGUCUUCCUCAGUAAUGGCUCUGCGCCCAGCCAUCUUGCGCCAGAGCGUUCUCGGAGCGACGAGGGUACAAUGCCGAUACAUGUCAAUGCCCUCUAGGGAGAGGAUGUUGCGAGAGAUGCGAAGGACGGCUACGAAGGACUCCAAGAGGACCGAUGUUGAGUCCAUGUCCGCGAUUCAGAAGAAGGCCAAUGACGAGUACUUCAAGUCUGGCGGCGGCCCAUUGUUUCCUGGCACAUUCGUCCCUCUCCCACUCUCACGAUACCCCUCUAGCCUCCCCAGCGCUCUAAACUACACAUGGUAUCGAUUCCGCCAAUGGGGAAUCGAAUUCCUUUCCCUCCUCCAAUUCAAGCUCAAGUCCAUGCCUGGUUGGACAACCCGGCCUAAGUGGAAGAUCGGCCGUGGCAAGAUUGCGCCCACAGCGAAGAACAUGUACAUGGAGAUGCUUGGGGCGUUUGCUGCGGGGGACAAGUCCACAAUCAACAACCUAUGCCUUGGGCAAUUCGGAAAGAAGCUCACUGCUGCCAUAGAUCGUAACGCUGGCGAGCGUGUCACAUUCGAGCUUCUCAAGCUCAACAAGUCAUUGUUCUAUCCCCGCGUGGUAGCACACCAGGUUCACAAUAUCAACCCCCACGACAAGGACAACUGCACAGAACAGGCCGUUAUCGCAAUUUCCUCAACGCAGCGUGUCGCAAAGUACAAGAAGCCUUCCGGCCAACUCAUUCCUGGCAGCACAAAGGUGCAGGACAAGCUGGAGUACGUGGUGCUCUCAAGGCAGGUCAGCGAGAAGACAUUCCAAGCCACACCAUGGCGAAUCUGGGGCACUGUCCCUGCCACAACGCUUGAGUCAUACCAAGAAGAGCAAGAUUGGAUUAUGCGAGAGCAGGCCCAGCGCGCUGGGUGGAAAGGUCCUCUGAAAUAA